UCAUUGGAUCUUUCGACACGUCAGUGACUGACGCCAGAGCAGAGGUGACUUAGCCAAUUUCCUUCACGCUGCCACAAUUGAGACUUGACUUGACUCGUCACUCGAGAGAGGCCUUGGACCCGACAACCUCCUUCUAACAAACAUCACGACCAUGAAGAUGCUGAAAGCAAUUGUAACGUUGGGAAGCUUAAUAUCGGUUUCCAAUUGUUUUGUGCUGCAAGCUUCCAACACAGCUUUGACAACGCAGUUGUUCUCGUCGGGUUCGGACUCAUUAAAAGACUGUCAGUCCCCUUCACAUCGCGCAACGUAUUCGAAUGAUUCAAGCCGACGUCAAAAUCUUCAGAAACUUGCGUUCUUGGCGGCCUCUUUGACGCUGGGUGGUUCCCCUGCAAUCGCUGAAGACUACGAAGCCCGCAAUGCUCAGCGACAAUACAUACAGGAGAGCUAUGCAGAUUUCACCAAAACCAAAGAAGGUUGGCUCUACAGACAAGUGAAGCCUGGAAGUGGAGACAAGGCACAAGAAGGCGAUCGAGUUGUCUUUGAUUGGAGUGGAUACACAAUUGGAUAUUUUGGAAGACCUUUCCAAGCAAAAGGUGGUCCUCAAGGGGGUGCUUUUGACAAGGACAUUGAUUUUGAAAGAACAAUCAUUGGCUCUGGGAAACUGAUCAAGGGGCUGGAACUGGCACUGAACGAUAUGCAGACCAACGAAGUUAGACAAGUAGUAAUUCCUUACGGUGCCUUGUCCUACCCCGAAGGUGACCCGUCACAUGAAAAGGUUGGCCCAAAGCCUUCCACCUUCAGCGGAAUGCGUGCUUUGGACUUUGUCCUCGAUAAUCCACGGCUUGAUCGCACCUUGCUCUUCAAUGUCAAGGUUAUCCGGGUUGACAAGGCAAAUGGAAAGGGUGGUUUCAUUCGUGGCUAAUUUAUUUAUAUUGCUGCAUUAGGCUUCUAUUGCUAGCUAGCUAGUACUAGUAGUUCAGAAGGCAACUUGGUAAACAGCAGUCUAGCAGAUCACAGGUAAUGGUGCCAAGAGCCGGAUGCCAUAGUUAGUUGUGUCGCGCACAGCCAGUGCAUUGUGACUUGAUAGUAUUGUAACAGUUGAGUCGGUCAGUACAAUGAGCGAUCGGUUAAAGGAUGAAUCUGAGCUUAUUGGACAGGGCCUACGAGAGUUGCUGCAGCAGUAGGGAUUGAAUAUGUUUAGUGCAAAUCUCCAAGGGUGCUGAGAGGUUUGAACAAUUUGAGUUGCCGAGGCAGAACCCUGGGCCACAGCACCAGGAAUCGAUAAUAGAAUAGCAUCCCAUGGAUUGACUGUGUGACACCACAGCCCUGCAUAGGAGAAUGCGAGGAAUGGGAUCAGAUUUCACCUUAUCCUUUCGUCACCAUGUUGCUAAUUACGUCUCCUGAGACGACGCUCCUUUAGGUUAC